AUGACAAAACAUUUGUUUAGAAGGGAUGAUGAAAACGAUGAAAAUUUCUGUGACUACAGACAAACAAUAACUCUCUUUCAGCUCAAACCAAGCUAUAGAAGAGGACAACUGGGAUACCCCUCUUAUCCGUCUUAUUCUUCGUAUAACAGAUUUGAACCGCAAAUCACUUCGCUUUUAACACAAACUGAUGAGACAUCGGAUAAGCUUUGA